GUUUAAUUGCAUGAAUGCCGUUUAAUUUGUGUUUGAAUAAUUUAAUUGAUAUCUUUUGUAACCUGGAAUCGCGGCUAGAAUUACAAUUGCUUAUAGAAUAAAUUAAGAGAGAUCUAGUUUAUUCUAGGACAUAUUCACACAUACUUAAUCGUUCGCUAAGAGAUUAGUAGCGAUUAAGGGACCGUAAGCUCGCUUGUCUUGGCAAUAAUUUAGGAUCAUGUCGCAUGAGAGAUCAGCCCGGUCCCCUAAAUUAUUGUACUCUACGCCGCGAGAGCGGUAAGAACUUAGUAAUGAUUAGCUAGACUCAAUUGAAUUAAUUUCAUGUAAUUAGGCCUGAUCUGCCAGAAAUCUGGUUACCCCGCAAUCAAUCCUUAUUCCCUUCGUCAUUAAUUAGAAAGAACAUCCUAGUUUAAUCAUUUUAUUCGCAUUUUUAUUUUCCAGCAACCAAUCUCGCAUGACGCAUUUUUAUUUAUUUCUUUUUAAUCGCUGAAUUUAGUUAAUCUUUGAUUCCCUUUUAUCCGUCCCUAUGGAGACGAUACUCGUACUUACACCACUAUAUUACAAUCUAUUUUAAGUGCAAAAAAACUCACAUCAGUUUUUGGCGCAGUUGUCGGGGACAGUGUCGGUUUUAAGGGUUAAUUAAUUUCAGCGAGAUUUUUUUUAGUUAGUUUUCUUUUUUGUUCUUCGCAGUAUUUUUAUGUGCUAACCUUUUCAGGUUUUUUUUCCUAAGAGGCAUGAGAUGAACCCAUUCAGCCAAAUUCCUGGAGGAAUUCGUUACCCUCAAACCUCCAUGGGAUAUUCACCAUUUACGCCAUAUCCUCCUUACACUCCUCAACUUUACGCACCUCAUCAAAAUUACUCUCCCAUUCAACAAAAUAUUCAGUCUUACUAUUCAUACUCUCCAACCAUGCAACCUAGUCUGUCUAAGAAUAAUUUUUGUUCCUUCUGUGGAGGAUGCCACCAUAUAUCUUUUUGCCCCGUUAAACGUGCUUAUGACCAUUCUUACUGGACAACUGCAUACCUGAUAGAUUAUAUAUCUAGAGAGAAGUGAGAGCUAGAGAGAGAAGUGCAGUAAUUUCCUUGCAAUAAAUGAAUUGUCAACCCCUACAACUACUCCUAGAGGAAGUAUUUAUAGGGAAAAUACGGGCUGGACUCCCAUGCCUUGGGCUUGGGAGGCCCAUUUACAACAGGGCCUCUAAUGGGCCGAAUACAAAGUGUACAGAAAUGACUAAGUACAAAAUCCUGUUCUAGAGGUUAUCUAUGGCCGACGAGGGCAUGGCCGAUGAGGUCAUGGCCGAUGAAGACCCGGCCGACGAGGUCACCCGGUUCUCCUGGCUUCUGGAUCAUAUUCUGAGUAGACUUCUUUCUGGCCAAUGGAGGUCAUGCGGCCGACGAGGGUCCCACCAGGUGUUCAUGGUACCUUCUGUUCUUCUGAGUAUGCGGGUCCUGGGGCCUAGACCCAUAUACUCCAUCAGGAGUCCCCCACUCUCUAAGCUGAGACGUUGACGAAGUGAAGGAGAGUAGAUUUCUG